CUUGACAGACAGCCCUCCCGUCAAGUCGACGGUGGAGAGCAAAGCGAUCCUCCUCCUCCUCCUCCAGACUCUUUAAUCUGCUUUUGCCGCCACACAAACGGCUUUUUGGUAGCUUUGCUCCGUCGUCCGGUCUCUGUUUGAGGACACCAUUUAUUUUCUCUGCCAGAUCGCUUACGACCGGAACCGAGCAAGAGCCCUGUGUCUGUUUUUUUGGGUCUACUUCAGUGGGCGGAUACAGCGGAGGUGGGCAUCCGGGCCUGGCAGCUCCGGCGGGUCCGCUUGAAACGACGGAAUUUAAAAAUUUCAGGCUGUGCACUGCCCCGCUAUGGAGAAGAUGAAGAGGAUCAAGAAGCGGCUGUCAUUAACGCUCCGCUCAAGUCAGACCAUCGAUGAGUCGCUUUCUGAGCUGGCAGAGCAGAUGACUAUCGAAGAUGGCGGCACAAAGGACAAUGAGCCCUUCAUGAGGAAUGGCCGCCCUCCAACCUCCCACAGCAUGCACUCCUUCCUGCACCAGUACACAGGCUCCUUCAAGAAGCCACCGCUUCGACGACCGCACAGUGUCAUCGGCGGCACCCUGGGGUCCUUCAUGUCCAUACCACGCAAUGGCAGUCGCUUGGACAUUGUGCAUGAGAACCUGAAGAUGGGAUCAGAUGGGGAAAGCGACCAGGCGUCAGGGACGUCGUCUGAUGAGGUUCAGUCCCCAACAGGGGUCUGUCUGAGGAACAGAGUCCACCGGCGAAUCUCCAUGGAGGACCUCAACAAGCGCCUGUCGCUGCCUGCUGACAUCCGAAUUCCCGACGGCUACCUGGAGAAGCUGCAGCUCACCAGCCCGCCCUUCGAUCAGCCACUCAGCCGCCGCUCACGCCGAGCAUCGCUGUCGGAGAUUGGUUUUGGCAAGUUGGAGACCUACAUUAAGCUGGACAAACUGGGCGAGGGAACAUACGCUACAGUAUUUAAAGGACGCAGUAAGCUGACAGACAACCUCGUGGCCCUGAAGGAGAUCCGGUUGGAGCACGAGGAGGGAGCUCCAUGCACUGCUAUAAGAGAAGUAUCGUUACUGAAGGACCUGAAACACGCCAAUAUUGUGACGUUACACGACAUUGUCCACACCGACAAGAGCCUCACGCUCGUGUUUGAGUACCUGGAUAAGGAUCUGAAGCAGUACAUGGAUGAUUGUGGAAACAUAAUGAGCAUGCACAAUGUGAAGGUCUUCUUGUUCCAAAUUUUGCGUGGACUGUCGUAUUGUCACAAGAGGAAAGUUCUCCACAGGGACCUGAAGCCCCAGAACCUCCUCAUCAAUGAGAAAGGAGAGCUUAAACUGGCUGAUUUUGGUCUUGCAAGGGCAAAGUCAGUCCCGACGAAAACGUACUCCAACGAGGUGGUGACUCUUUGGUACCGGCCUCCUGAUGUUCUGCUGGGAUCGUCCGAGUAUUCAACACAGAUUGACAUGUGGGGUGUUGGCUGUAUAUUUUAUGAGAUGGCUGCAGGUCGGCCGCUAUUCCCCGGCUCCACAGUGGAGGAUGAGCUCCAUCUCAUCUUCAGGUUACUUGGCACACCGACAGAAGAGAACUGGCCGGGAAUAUCUUCUGUCGAGGAGUUCAAAUCCUACAAUUUCCCCAAAUACAAACCUCAGCCAUUCAUCAACCACGCUCCCAGACUGGAUGGCGAAGGCAUUGAACUGUUGCUGGCUUUCCUCAGAUACGAAUCCAAGAAGAGGAUCUCAGCUGAAGAGGCGAUGAAACAUUCCUACUUCAGGCAUCUCGGGAUGAGAGUUCACACGCUGCCUGAGAGUGUCUCCAUAUUCACAUUAAAGGAGGUGCAGCUGCAGAGAGACCCGGGUUACAGGAACGCUUCAUACCCGGAGUCAGGGAAUGGCAAGAUCAACCGGCGGCAGAGCAUGCUCUUCUAAUGUAGAGGAAAGACACCCACAUCAUCACUCUCUACCUGACCAACCUCUCUCGCAUGAAGCCCUCACGGUGACCCCCACCCUUCCUGUUCUACCCACACACACUCAUUCACAUGCACACACCCCUCUUAAACGACAAUGUUAGGUUGGGGAUUCUGUUUAUUUAUUGACAACGGGGAGGGGGGGGGAGGGGGGUUUGUUUGCUGCUAAAUUACUACUGUAUGUAUUUAACACACCCUACGUGUGUGAGCGCGUGUGUGCAUGUAAUGUGAAGUUGAGCCGCCAUGCACAGGUGAGCAGUCAGUAAAGAUUGCUGGGUUUUUUUUGUCUCGAUUAAGAUUCUCCUAAUUGAUUCUGUUUUAGAAUUCCACAGAGUUCAUGUUCAGGCUGUGACUCAAGUUCGAGAGACACCAUUCGCUUUUAUUUAUAUGUGUGUGUGUGUGUAUAUAUAUAUAUAUA